AUGAACAUCUGCCACACCACCGUGAGCAUGCCGAAAGACCGGAGCGCAGAAAAUGGAAGCCUCACGAUUCAGAGCACCAGUGGGUCUACCAGGCCACCCGGAUCUGGCGAGCUCGUCUCCAACCCGAAUGGCGGCAGCCUCACCACGCUUCGGGAAGCUUGCGUCGGGGCCAAUGUGCCUGAUGUGUCCAACGCCAUGGGCGGACCUAUGCCCCCACCCUCGUUCGUCGUGGCCGACGAGGCGGGCGUCGUCGCCGACUGGCCGCCCCCCGGGUUCGCCGCCGUCGAUGACGUCACGGCGUUGCUGUGGCUCUUGGGAUUCAUGAAGACUAUCGUGACCACAAAUCUCGAUAUUCCACAACUCCGCAUCGCCCGCCUCGCAAUCCGCACUCAAGCUCCUCAAGGCUGCCCUCUCGUCCCCGUACCCCCCAGGCGCGAACCCUCCCGCGCGCCCCUCAACUUCGACCUCGAGGUCGUCGAGCACCAGCCGCCCACCCCCGACCAGCUCCGGACGAUCCUCUCUUACCUCCCCGCCGCGCCUGGCCUCUCCGCGCUCCUCUCUGCGCACCCGACGGUGGACUCGACCCCGGCGACGGAGCAGGGCGUGUCGGAGCUCGCGGAGCGGAACCCGAACGCGCUCAAGUGGCCGAUCGUCGUGGACUGGCAUGCGGGGCGCGCGGCGGUGGGCGACGUGGAUGCGGUCAAGGCGUUGCUCGAGGAGCUUAGGAAGAAGCGCGACGGGGAGGCGUGA